AUGAGUUGGGGAAGAACCAGCAAAACACAGUCUAGCUGCGUGCGAGUCCUGACACGUCGGGAGUGUCCUAUACGUGUCCUGUACCAGCAGCUCCCACGUAUGGGGUCUCAAAUCCGGAAGUGUUAUGAUGUGAGUCCCUCUGGCGAUCAAGGUCUUACAGCUCUUACACGGUCUUCCAUGUCUUACAGCUCUGGCUCCCUGACCAUCACUGGGCUGAGUUCUGAGCACAUUGUGCUCCUCACUGCCUCUCCUGGGACCGCAUCUCAGGGCUCACACAGACUCCAGGCCUGUGGAAAUUGGGACCAGAGCCCCUUUCUCAUCGGCAAGGAGGGGGAGGCCCAGCGGCUGCUCAGGCUCCUCCCGUGGCUUCUGCUUCUGGUGCUCCUGCUGUGGCCGUCAUGGGGCCAAGUCCAUGCAAGGGCAUCUCCUGGGGCCGCUGUGGGUCCCGUCAGCCCUGCUCAGGAAGGCGCGGCGUUCUCACACUCGGUGGCCUUCUCUGUGAAGUUGUGUGUCUCCACUGCAAGCUGCUGUUCACACUCAGCACCCAGAGCCAGCCUGCCUCCUCUGAGCACCGCCCCCCCCCCCCCCCCCACCGUGGGGACAGAUUCCCUCUGCUCUCUGGUCCCCGUGUCUGGUCCUCAGCUGCACAGAAGUUCGCAGGCUCUCCUGGGUCAGGACUGCACAGGCUCCCUGUCCCAGCCCCUGCUGACACGGCCGCCCUCCCUCUCGGCAUCUCCGGGAACGACGGCCAGACUCACCUGCACCCUGAGCAGGGACAUCGGUGUGGGCGGCUCUAACAUCGACUGGAUCCAGCAGCAGCCAGGGAGCCCUCCCCGGUGUCUGCCGAGGUUCUCCUCAGACUCCGAGAAGCACCAGGGCUCCGGGGUCCCCAGCCGCUUCUCGGGCUCCAAAGACGCCUCGGCCAAUGAGGGGCUUCUGCGCAUCUCGGGGCUGCAGGCUGAGGCCGAGGCGGACUCUCACUGGGCUACAGCUCAAGGCAGUGGGCGCAGCUACCGCUCCUCACAGCCUCUCAGAGAAGGAGGAAGUGAGACAAAAAUCCCUGGGUCCCAGGACCUUGUGUGUGUGCUUAUUUCAUUGAGAAACUUACCAGGGGACACCUGCAGGGAGGAAUCUUCUGCAGGAAGAUCUCUCCUUGAACAGGAGAAAUAAACACACACACACACAGACUCACACAUUAUGCCUGUGAAUUGAGCCAUCCUAGGGCAUCCCAGGAAGACAUGGACAGACGAGGCAUCAGAGUCCAACUGCACAUCCCCACGGGGUCUGGAGAGGAUGAACAGGAAUAAACAUUGUGUCUGCACCUGAACCUGCUGCCCAGCGAACAUUCCUCCACAAUCCGUUGUAUCAUCUUGUUCCUUCAAGUGUGACCUUGUGUCACUACUGAUGUAUCCACAGCUGAUACCCUGACAAUAACUCUGGUCACAGACACAGUCUUCUCUCUCUAAACCAGCUACACAUGAACCUGGACCAGAUCCUAUAGACUCUCCCUGACGACAACGCCCACACGCUCCCUUCUCUUCUCUCGUCUGCUACCAUGUCCCUUAGGCUUCAGUCUUU